CUUCCCUUUCCACCAACUUCAUUCCCCCCAUUAUUCAAUCAAUUCGAUGCCGUCGCUUUCAGAAUUUCUUCGAAAACGACGUGCACGUCAGCGACGGCUUCAGGCUGUACCAUCGAAUAAUAAAAAGAAAAGUAAUAAUAAUAAUAUAAUGUCAUCGACUUCGUCCGGCAAAUCGAGAAGAGCCGCAUCGCUUUCGUCGAUCAAUAAUUUUGAGCACUUGGCAUCGGUCGAAAAAGCUGGAUGGUUGAACAAAUGGACAAACUACUUGAAAGGAUACCGGCAGCGGUGGUUUGUACUCGACUCGAACGCCACACUCAGUUAUUAUAGAAACCCAAGUGAAGUUGGUCAUACGUGUCGUGGAAGUAUCAACCUGCAAGAAGCUCGAGUUCAUACUGAUAAGACAACAUCGUGUAUAGUAAUAUCCGGACAAUCACAGACAUUUCAUGUCAAACCACAAAAUGAAAUGGACCGACAACAAUGGACGAAUUCUCUGGAAUAUAUGAGACAUAAGGCUAUCACAAGGGCUGAAAGUGAAGAGGAUGAGGAUGCUCAAAUGGCGAAAACCGACUCGAAUCGAUCGGAUGCCCUAAUUCUGGCGAAUCGUCAAAUGUCUGGAAAACUAUGUGAUUUGCGUACAGCCGCCAAUAUGAUGAAUAAGCAAGGUGACGAGCUAAUGCGAGCAUUGAAUGGGACAGUUGAGACGGAUAAGAAUUCGUUGGCCGAGAGAGCUGAUUUGUUAAAGAUGACAACGUCAGCCGUGCUCCAGGCAGCCGAAGAGUUUGUUGAGCUCUCCGAGCAAUCAGCGAAACGGCUCAACAAGAUUGUUGCGGUGGAGCAAAAGGAGAAGGCUCUUUUGCAGGAGCAACUGGAAGCACUCGCGAAACAACACUCAUCACUGGAACGAGCCGCCUCGAAAUGUGCACGUGGCGCUGCUCCAGUAUCCGUGUACAGUGAUCAGGAGGACGACGAAUUUCACGAUGCCGAAGAGGAUCUGGCAAUGCCGUGCAGCAACUCAAACGGUCCACCAGCCACCGCCGGAGUACAUUUAACUCCAACUAAAAGACACAUUGGAGCAGGUGAUCCGUCAUCAUCUACGUGCUCGGAUUCUGGAGCAGUAGUAGUCGUCGGAGCACAUAAGGGAGGACGACAGAGAAGGACGACGGUGCCCGAGCGGCCGAAUUUGCCGAUCAACUUAUGGUCGAUCAUGAAGAAUUGUAUUGGGAAGGAGCUCUCGAAAAUCCCGAUGCCCGUUAAUUUUUCCGAGCCAAUUUCCGUGCUGCAACGUGUCACUGAAGAUUUGGAAUACGCGAAUUUGUUGGAAACCGGCGCGAAAUUGUCGACACUCGAGCAGAUGUGCUACGUGGCCGCCUACGCCGCGAGCAACUAUUCGACGACGUGUCACCGGACCAAUAAGCCCUUCAAUCCGUUGCUCGGCGAGACUUUUGAAUUUGAUCGAAUGGACGAUUUGGGAUGGAGAAGUGUUACUGAGCAGGUAUCCCACCACCCACCUGCAGCAGCUCACCACGCCGAAGGCAACGGAUGGACAAUGUAUCAGGAUUUCACGAUGACGUCACGAUUCCGUGGAAAAUAUCUUUCAGUGAUUCCGAUUGGCUUCACGCAUGUCGUAUUUCCAGCCACAAAAUCGCACUUUUCAUAUCGAAAAAUCACGACGACCGUACACAAUAUAAUUGUCGGAAAGCUAUGGAUUGAUAAUCAUGGAGAUAUGGAAAUUACGAAUCAUGAGACGAAUGAGAAGUGUCUGCUCAAAUUUGUGCCAUACUCGUAUUUUAGUAGAGAACAGCCGAGAAAGGUAUACGGUAUUGUUCGUGACGCGGAAGGCAUACCAAAAUACGUGGUUCAAGGCACAUGGGACAAAUCGAUUGAUAUGUUGAAAGUGUCAAGUUGGAACGGAAAUCACGAGAAACCGAAACUCGAAGUUGACGAGACGAGUCUUAAACGCAUUUGGACUGCCAAUCCGUUACCGAAAAACGCUGAGAAAAUGCACAAUUUCACAAAAUUGGCGAUUGAGCUCAAUGAGCCGGAGGAGGGUGUAGCUCCAACGGAUUCACGCCUCCGACCCGAUCAGCGGCUUAUGGAAAAUGGAGAGUGGGAUGAAGCGAAUCGGAAGAAGCUCGAGAUUGAAGAGAAGCAGCGUGUUGUACGGCGGCGGCGGGAAGCCGAGAAGGAGUUGGCUAUGAAAAAAGGGGACAAAUAUGAAGAGUACGAGCCAACAUGGUUUGUUCGUGUCCAAGAUGAGUCAAAUGGAGCCCUAAUUCAUCAGUUUAAAGGCGGCUACUGGGAGGCAAAAGAGCAACAGAAUUGGGAAAAGUGCCCCGAUAUUUUUUAGAUUUAUUGAUUUUUCUGAUUUUUCCCCUUUUUGCCUUAUUAUUAUUACUAUUCACUUUCUCUCCAAAUCGUUCCUUUCAAAAAUGGGUAUAAGUAUGUACUAUUCCAUCGGCCCGGCCCCUUUGAUAUUUUUCAAUGGUUUUUGUGACUUUCCUGUGAUUUUUACAACAAUUUUCAUUUGUAUAUAAAGACUUUGAUUCUGUUUU